AUGCGUCCGUGUAGCGAAAACUAUAAUAUAUUGGGCCAUAAGACGAUAUUCCAUGACUAUUCAUUUUGGGACAAUGAAAUAAAAUUUGCCAACAAUGUUGCAAAUUACCUUACAUCGAUGUGGCGGUAUAAAGACGGGAAUAAUCGUUCCUUGAUCGAGAACGAAGAGGCUAUAUACACUUUAACAAGUAGUAUAGCAAUAUCAUCUGAUCGAAUCUACGCUUCGGCUGUAUGCUUCGAUAGAAAUAAAUUCCAAGCGAGACGGCAGUUUUGUCCAUACGCUUUUAAGAAUAGCAGUGGGGAUCCACUAAUAGUUCGUGACUUGGGAAGAUUUAACGACUAUCUCACGCCUCACUACGUGCAGAUGAAACAAGACAAUAACACAUAUAUCAAGCACAAGUUCAUUUGGUGGCAUGUUGGCAAAAAAUAUCUUUCAAACGCCACCCAGCUCCAACAGAACACUGUAUAUUUCGAUAAAAACUUAGACUACCUGGCCACUAAUGGUCUAAACGUAUCUGCACUGAAUGGAGAAUACUUUAAUAUUACAUCGAAAUAUAUUCCCGUAAGCUUUGGGAAAUGGACUACGCCGUAUUAUGAUUGUUUUGGAGGGAUAACAUGGGUGAUUUCUUAUCUGGUGCCGUUUUUUGACGAAGCUGACAAAUAUUUGUGA